CUUCUGUUUCAUACAAUUACCAAGGAGACCCACUUGAUAAAGAGCCCACAGAUCCUCAAAGCAGCGUUCCUUCAGUUCUCGCAAUUCCAGAUCGGUAUUCCAGGAAAUAGUUUGUCUUUGUUCAGCAUCAACGAGAGAUGAGCGAAACUCCAAUAUUAUCAUCGGUUCGAAGGACCAGUAAACGGCUUUCAAUGGCAGGAGCAACAAGAGCAAGUCUUAAUGGACCACUUCGAUCGAGCGGUCUAUUUGAUUCAAUAGUCAAUUCAAAUAACUCUAAUGGUUCUGCCAAAAGAUCAAUACUACUAUCUACCCCUGCUAAUGGUAAUAAGAGAAGACGUAGCUCGAUAUAUCAUCAACAGUCCCAUCCACCGUCACUGCAAUCAUCUGCCAAUGUCCAAUCAUCAGUAAAUGCCCCAUCCUCCCAACAAGCAUCAUCACAAGUUCAAUUACAACAGCAACAACAGCAACCACUGUCGGGUUAUAGAACAGAUCCCCGUCCGUUAAGAGAUAAGAAUUAUCAAGCAUUAAUACAACAAGAAAUAUAUGAUUUUUUAUCGAAAAAUCGAUUUGAAUUGGAAAUGAAUCAUACUUUAACAACAAGAACUCUAAGACAACCAACUCAAAAAGAUUUUGUAUUAAUAUUUCAAUUUUUAUAUGGGAAAUUAGAUCCGAAUUAUAAAUUUACAAAAUCAAUUCAAACCGAAGUUACUAAUGUAUUGAAAAUGUUAAAUUAUCCAUAUUUAGACGGUAUCAAUCGUUCCCAAAUAACUGCAGUUGGAGGAUCCAAUUGGCCAGCUAUCUUAGGAAUGUUAUAUUGGUUAGUAAAAGUUAAUUUAAGUUUUUUAAAUAUUAAUGAUGAUGAAUUAAUGUUACCAGAUGAUCCAUUAGAUGUGAUUUAUGUUAAAAAUACAACUAAAGCAUAUCAGUUAUAUAUUAAUCAAGAAGAUUUGUCAAAUAUAACUAAUCAAAUGAAUGACGAUUUAAAAAUUGCUAAUGAAAAAUUGAUUGAUAUUAUAAAUAAUUUAAAUUCAAAUAAUCAAGAUUUAUUAAAAGAAUAUGAAGAAUUAAAUUUUAAAAUUGAAGAAUUGAAAACGAGCGAAGAUAAAUCAAAAGCAUUAGAAAGUGAUUUAAUUAAAUUUCAAGCAUAUUUAGAAACAAUGGAAUCAAGAAAAUUAAAAUGGUCAGAAAUAUUAAAUAAAAUUCAAUUAGAAAUAAACAAUUGUGAAGAAGAUUUGUCAAAACUUAAUGAAGAGAAAAAAGAUAUUGAAUCAAAAUUAAUAAAUAAAGGAUUUACAAUUAAUGAUAUUGAUAAUUUGAAUAAUGAAAGAGAUAAGAUAUCAAAAUUAAUUGAUAAUUUAUCAAAUAAAUUUGAAGAUUUGAAAAAUAAAUUAAAUUCAAAAGAUAUUGAAUUAAAUAAAAAUUAUCAAAGUUUAGAUAAUUUCAUUAAACAAUAUAAUAAUACAAUUUACAAAAUACCAUCAAUUAACUACAAUUUUGAAAUUCAAUUAAAUGAAGGGAUUUUAAGCGAUGAUAAUUUCUUGACAAUUUUUUUCAAACCAAAUGAUAUUAUUAAUAAGACUUUAAAAGAUGAAAAAAUUGAAUUAUUAAAAUUCAGAUCCCAAUUGAAUAAUAAAAUCCAUCAAGAUCAAGAUGACGUUAUUAAAUUACAAGAACAAGGAGAUCUAAUUUCUGAAACUAUAUUAGAACAACGAGAAUCCAUUGAAAAUUUAGAAGCCAAAUUAAAUGCCAAUAAAAUUACUUAUGAUGAAAUAUAUGAAACAAUGAUUAGCGAUACUACUGCUUAUUCACUGCAAAUUGAAAAAUUGGAUCGCGAAUUGAGAUCAAUUAAAAUUAAUACUAACCAAGGUAUUAUUGAGAUUGAAAAUAAUUUACAAAAUUUAUCAAUUGAAUUUGACGAAUUAAAUCACGAAAUUUUUAAACAAAAAUCAAUUUUACAUGAUAAAAUUCAAAAAAUUAUUGAAUUUAUUAUAAAUUUUAAAAUUAAUAUUCAAUCGAAUUUAGAAAAUUUGGAUGAUUUAAUAACUGAAGAAUUAAAAAUUGAACAAAAUAAAAAAAUUUAA